AUGUCCCAGACCAAACCACCGCUGACCAUGGUCCAGUACUUGCAUCCCAAAUUGCAUCAUCACAAACCAAGCACCCAUAUCACCUACGAUGAAGGGAUCAAGGUUUUCCGCGAGUUCCUCGCCUAUGCCUCAAAGCACACCCUCGAAGAUCUCCAGGCGUUCACAUGUCAAAAGGUCCCCAGUCCGCAUUGGGUGCGGACGGAAAUGGUCACCGUCCCGUCCCAGUACCUCACCUCUGCGGCGGAGGCCAUCCUGGCGCAGUUAGGUCCCAAGGGGAUUGAGAAAGUCGGCGGUAAAGAAUGGUGGCAGUGGCGCGGUCCGGCCGAGGACCUCAAGGGCGAGUGGAUUGAAAUGCGCAAGGAUUACAACGAGCGGAAGCGGACUGUUGGCGUGCAUCCGAGCCAGAAACGCAUCAUGCUGUACAUUCAUGGUGGAGCCUAUUACUUCGGCAGUCUGGAGACCCAUCGCUAUCAGAUGCAGCGCCAUGCAAGGAAGCUGAAGGGUCGGGUUUUUGCACCGCAGUAUCGUCUCGCACCGCAGUUUCCGUUCCCGUGCGGCCUGCAGGACUGUCUCGCGGCUUAUCUGUUCCUGUUGACACAGCAUGAGCCAAAUGAGAUCCUCUUUGCGGGUGACUCUGCGGGUGGUGGAAUGGCCCUUUCCUUGCUGGUAAUUCUUCGCGACCAAGGCUUACCCCUACCUGCGGGAGCGAUCUUGAUCUCCCCUUGGGUUGACCUUACCCAUUCCUUCCCCAGUAUUGUGGCGGACAAUCCAGGAGACUAUAUUCCUCCAUGCGGUUUCAGACACAAGCCCUCCGCGGCCUGGCCUCCACCCAAUUCGGAUGAGCUCAAAUCCAUGAAAAAGAAUCUCGGCAAAAAGCGGGCAAGAAGAAGUGAGGCCGAAGAGCUCGUUCCUGAUCAACACAGCCAGGACCAGGAUGCGGCGCGCAAAGGAUAUUCUAUACAUCCUAUGGACGACGCCGACACCCAGGGCAAGCCUGCCGAGGAGGGUGAACAAAACGAUAUCCGUGUGCCCAUCGACGGUACCACCGUUGAAGUAAAAGACCAGAUCCAUAUGUACACAACUAACCAGCUACUAUCUCAUCCUCUUGUUUCCCCUGCAUUACAGCCGUCUCUUGGGGGUCUACCUCCGCUUCAGGUGCUGGUCGGCGGCGGAGAAAUGUUACGGGACGAGCAAUUUUAUGUUGCCCACAAAGCAGCUGACCCAACUGCAUAUCCUCCAAGCGACGAACUUCUCGACGAGUAUGACCCAACCCGCGAAACCCUGAACAAGUAUCCAGGAACGCAUGUGCAACUCCAAGUCUGGGAGGGACUAUGUCACGUCGCCCCCACCUUGAGUUUCACGCCUCCAGCGAAGUACAUGUAUCGAUCCAUUGCACAGUUUGGAGCCUGGGCCCUUGCUUGCGCGCAAGAAUCGGAGAUCGAAAUCAUCGACGAUGAUGAAAUCUCGCCGAUCUCUUCUGAUGACUCUGAUAGUCCGGAUACUCCGGUGAAUGGAACCAAAAGAAAAGAGAACUCUGCACAUGAACAUUCCCAUGUCGGUAUCGCUGGUGAUCCACUCCCUGCAUUUAAGAACCGGAUGAUACGACAGAGGGUAGGCAAAGCCGGUCACAUAUACCCGAUCGACCCCCCAUCCGCUUGUCCUGUGCUCCAGAUCCCUCCGUCGCAGGUUGGCACAUUCAACCCCGUACUCGUCAAGAAAUGGCUGGCGGCCAAGGAUGAAUGGGACACAAAGUUUGCGCACAAAAAGCUGCGGGUACAGACGCAGCUAAUCAAGGAAUUGGCCUAUAGCUUCCAGCAGGAUUUCCCCGGGGAACUGCCCCCGGCCUGCUCACUGGCAGCUAGGAAGUCUGCUCCGGGAGUGCUGCCUUCGCGCACGACUCGAAAGAGUCACCCCAUGACUUGGUGGAGCAACUGGGCCAGUAAGCAUGAUGAGAGGACGAUCGAACGUGAGAAGCAGAAGGAGAAAGAGGGCCAUUCGAGACGGACCAGUGUGGAGGCUGGUCGAGCAGGCGCCUCCAUCAAAGGACCUGAUCUGGAACACAAGAGCUCUUUUCCAGUUCAAGAGCCUGGUCAGACAACUGAGUUGGAAAAACAGGCUGGAGAUGCCAGCCAAAGACCUGCUGCUAUUGACGUCGAAAAGGCGAAUCGCAAUGGGGAUGUGGCUCAUCCGGAGAUUUCCCGCGUGAAGGGGUUAUCGGAAGAUAAAAUCCUGAGUCCUCUGAUCGUCUUGCCUCCUUACGAGGCAAAGAAAUUCACAGAAGACAACGCAAGUACGCAGUCUCUGUUUCACGCAUCGGGUAUCAUUCCCACGACUUCCGAGCCAUCCAUGACUCGUCUGAAGCGGCCCUCAUCGCAUGCCGGCUCUGCGACCAUCCGGAGCGGCGUCACCUCUGAAAUGGCCGACGAUACGAGCACCAUUGGCGAUAAGUCGCUUGCGGUCACUAAUACUGGGGUUGAUGCUGCUAGCACACGUGCCGUCCUCAACGCAAAGGGAGUCGUCGAUCCCCUGAAUGACGCGGAUUCCGCUCGCCGCUCUGCGGAUGCGCUGUCUGCCUCCCGGAAGUCAGCCGAUUUGGAGACACUAUCAACUGGGUUGGGAGCGGACGCGGCGAGCACCAAGACGGGCCCUGAGGCUGUUAUUCAUUGA